AUGACUCACGAGUCCGUUUGGUUCAGCCGGCCCCGCAAGUACGGCAAGGGUGCCCGUUCUUGCCGUGUCUGCGCUCACCGCGCCGGUCUGAUCCGCAAGUACGGUAUGAACAUCUGCCGUCAGUGCUUCCGUGAGAAGUCCGCCGACAUCGGUUUCAACAAGUACCGUUAAACAAAAUACGAAACCAAUGUCCACCUUUAACGCCCUCUCGAUCCAUUCGCGUUCCACAAUCCGUUCAACGUACCCUGGCACUCGACUGAGGUGCGGGGUGGGAGAAAUGUUUCGAAGCGCCGGGGAAACGACU